AUGACGACUGAAGUUGGUUCAGAAACUAAUGUAAAGGCGUCAGAGAAGCUGGAAACACCUGCAGUAAAGGAAGAUGCUGGGGAUGCACCAGAAAGUCCAAAGGAGCAGGAGUCUGAAAUAGCAGAAGGUUCUCCUGUUCCUCAGAACCCACCUAGCCAAAGUAGCCCUAGACGUUCAAAGAAGGAAAAAGAUCUGUCUGAAAGCAAGGGUAUUUCUCGCUUCAUCCCGCCUUGGCUUAAGAAACAAAAGUCAUACAGCUUGACAGAACCCAAAGAUGAAGAUACAAAGAAACACUUGGCAGUAGCAGAGGAGGGUGAAUGUCCUCUUCCAGGAGAAGCAGCUCAGCCUAAAGAAAAACUGGAAGACUUUACUGAGAAUCGGCAAGAAGUGAAAGGGGAUGACAAAGAAGAUGAAAAAGAUUCUCCUGCGAAAGAAGGCAGUAAAGAUACUGUUUCUGAAGAAAAGGAAAACAAACAAGGGACUGAAGAAGGCAAAAUGGAGACCAAAGAAGUGCAGACAGCUGAAGUCAAAAUUGAGAGGGCUGUUCAGAAAACUCCUAAGAAGAUCAGAACUGUCCAGUGUAAAGUAGUACUAUUGGAUGGCACAGAAUACAGCUGUGAACUUGAGAAAAAAGCUAAAGGCCAAGUGCUGUUUGACAAGGUGUGUGGACAUCUCAAUUUACUGGAAAAGGACUAUUUUGGUUUGUUGUUUCAAGACUACUCUGAUCAGAAGAAUUGGCUUGAUCCGUUAAAGGAAAUCAAGAGGCAAAUUCGAAAUUUACCCUGGCUAUUCACCUUUAAUGUGAAAUUCUAUCCACCUGAUCCUUCACUUUUAACAGAAGACAUUACCCGGUACUUUCUGUGCUUACAGCUUCGUCAGGAUAUUGCUUCUGGCCGCUUACCAUGUUCUUUUGUGACUCAUGCUCUGCUUGGUUCAUAUACUCUGCAAGCUGAACUAGGUGACUAUGAUACAGAGGAGCACAACAGUGAUUACAUUGCGGAAUUCCAGUUUGCACCCAACCAGACAAAAGAGAUGGAGGAGAAAGUAGUAGAGUUGCACAACACACACAGAGGCUUGACACCAGCACAGGCAGAUUCCCAGUUCUUAGAAAAUGCGAAAAGGCUUUCUAUGUAUGGAGUAGAUUUACAUCAUGCCAAGGAUUCUGAAGGUGUGGACAUCAUGCUUGGCGUGUGUGCCAAUGGGUUGCUUAUUUACAAGGACAGACUCCGAAUAAACCGUUUUGCCUGGCCCAAAAUUUUGAAGAUCUCUUAUAAACGCAGCAAUUUCUACAUUAAAGUUAGGCCAACUGAGCUGGAACAGUUUGAGAGUACUAUUGGGUUCAAGCUGCCAAAUCAUCGGGCUGCGAAGAGAUUAUGGAAGGUUUGUGUGGAGCAUCAUACUUUUUAUAGACUGUUAUCGCCGGAACAGCCUCCAAAGGCCAAGUUCCUGACAUUGGGUUCAAAGUUCCAUUACAGUGGACGUACACAAGCACAGACACGCCAGGCUAGCAACCUCAUAGACAGACCUGCUCCUUACUUUGAACGCACCUCAAGCAAACGUAUCUCCAGGAGUCUUGAUGGUGCUCCAGUAGGUAUCACAGACCAGAGCCUACUUAAGGACUUCUGUGGUGCUAGGAGUUUUGAAGCUGCUGGACAGUCCAAAUUAAAAGAUGGAGAAAGUAGAGAUGAGGAUGGAGCCAUAGCCAAAUUGCCACAGUUUGAUGAUGGAAAGACGGAGACAGAAGAGGAAGAAAUUCCGAAGAAGACAUAUCCCUUGAAAGUAGAUGGGGAAAAUAUUUAUGUCAGACAUAGCAAUUUAAUGUUGGAGGACAUGGAUAAGAGCCAGGAUGAAUUACUGAAGCAUCAGGCUAGCAUUAGUGAACUCAAGCGCAAUUUUAUGGAAUCCACACCUGAGCCACGCCCCAGUGAAUGGGAAAAGCGUCGUAUCACACCUCUGUCUCUACAGAAACAAGGGAGCCUAGAAGAGGAGAUAGCAGCAAUUUUAUUUAGUAAAGCGAGUUUUUCCACUAGCAUGAAAACUGCCUUCACUUCAGCUACCUCGUGGACAGCAGAGGGCACUGUUGUGAAAGAUAAUGUACCUUCUGAAAAGCUUUCUGCCUCUCCCUUCUCUCAGCUGCUGCCAGAGAAAUUUGCUCCCAAGACAGAAGGGCCUCUCACUGGAACUGGCAGGACUAUUAAGAGUUCACAUGAGACUCUGAAUGUAGUGGAGAAGAAGCAGGCAGAGGUUGGGAUAGAAGAGACAGUAGUCACAGAUGAUACCCAAAGGGGAAAAAUACAAGUGGUCUCUGAUGGUGUCGGAUCUCAGAAGAUGAAGCGUCUCUCUAAAAAGGAUUCGUCAUCCUUGUCAUCAGACAGCAGCAGUAGUGAAAGUGAAGAUGAAGUAGAAUAUCAGCCGCAUCAUCGAAUGAUUCAGGAAGUCAUAAAAGAAGAGCUAGAAGAGAAUGAAGAUGUCAAAGAGGAAGAAGAACACAAGACACAAACAGAGUAUCCAGAAAUUUCACAAGAGGUCAGCCAGGUUAAAGCAAAAAUUGAGCACCCACAAGCAACAGAAGCUUUGGUCCAGAUAAAAGAUGUACCCACAAAGACAUUGGGAGAGAGAAAUGUAAUAAAAUUGAAUGAGCAAGGCCUAAAAGAAGAGAGGGAGGAAGAACAGCUCAAACUAAAUGGAGAGGCAUCACGUAUUGACAUUGAUGUAUCACCACAAAUAAUUUGUUGCUCCGAGCCUCCAGUGGUUAAAACUGAGAUGGUGACCAUUUCAGAUGCUUCGCAAAGAACUGAAAUCUCCACUAAGGAAGUACCAAUUGUUCAGACAGAGACUAAAACGAUCACAUAUGAAUCUCCCCAGUUUGAUGGUGGUAGUGAUGCCGGUGUGCUGCUGAGUGCACAGACGAUCACAGCAGAAUCUGUUUCUACAACUACAACCACACACAUCACUAAGACAGUGAAAGGUGGCGUGUCAGAAACCAGAAUUGAAAAACGGAUUGUGAUCACUGGAGAUGCAGACCUUGACCAUGAUCAGGCAUUGGCACAAGCCAUUAAAGAAGUUAAAGAGCAGCACCCUGACAUGUCUGUAACCAGAGUAGUGGUGCAUAAGGAAACGGAGAUGGCCGAAGAAGGAGACUAAGAAUUAUGAAGAGUUAUUCACAAAUGAGAAGAACUUUGAUCAUUCCAAGUUGGUAUCUGUUUCACUGUUUCUCUAAAUUCACGAAGGCUGGCAACAACAAAUAGACUUCUCCGCAAUGAACUACCAACACCAAACU